AUCACUUCCUCUCGGGGAGGGGGAUUGACUUGUCUUUAAAGCCCGGCCGUGUGAGACUUCAGCACCGCAUAGCGCAGCAUCCUCAGCAUGGACACCUACCAGAAGCCGGAGGACAAGGACCUGCAGGCCUUCCAGGACCUGGCCAACCGCCUGAGGAUCCACUCCAUCAGGGCGACAUGCGCCUCCAACUCGGGACAUCCCACGUCCUGCUGCAGUGCUGCGGAGAUCCUGUCUGUGCUCUUCUUCAACACCAUGAGAUAUGAUGCUGCGGACCCUGGAAAUGUUAACAAUGACCGUUUUGUCCUUUCUAAAGGCCACGCUGCUCCCAUUCUUUAUGCCGCCUGGGCUGAAGCUGGCUUUAUCAAGGAAUCUGAUCUGCUGAACUUGAGGAAGAUUGAUUGUGAUCUGGAGGGACACCCUACACCUAAACUACCCUUUGUUGAUGUUGCCACCGGCUCUUUGGGACAAGGUCUUGGGGCAGCGUGCGGUAUGGCCUACACUGGGAAAUACUUCGAUAAAGCCAGUUACCGUGUAUACUGCUUGUUGGGUGAUGGUGAGUCUUCCGAGGGUGCUGUCUGGGAAGCUAUGGCAUUUGCUUCUCAUUACCAGCUGGACAACCUGGUGGCCGUCUUUGAUGUCAACCGUCUGGGGCAGAGCGAGGCAGCCCCUCUUCAGCAUAAUACAGAUGUUUACAGAAAGAGAUGCGAAGCAUUUGGGUGGAACACCUAUGUUGUUGAUGGUCACGAUGUGGCAGAGCUGUGCAACGUGCUGUGGCAGGCAGAGCAUGUAAAGGACAAACCUACAGCUAUUAUUGCGAAGACCUACAAAGGAAAAGGCAUCUCGGGAGUUGAAAAUGAGGAUAACUGGCAUGGAAAGCCAAUGCCAAAAGACAAAGUCGAAUCUAUCAUCAAUGAGGUCCAAAACCAAAUCCAGACCAAUCGGAAGCUGGCCCCUAAAGCUCCGACAAUAGAUGCUCCUGAAGUCAGUAUUUCUGACAUUAAAAUGCCAUCUCCUCCAAGCUACAAAAUCGGGGAUAAGAUUGCAACACGUAAAGCAUAUGGCUUGGCUCUUGCAAAGCUAGGACACGCAAAUAACAGGGUCAUUGCUCUUGAUGGGGACACCAAAAACUCAACUUUCUCUGAAAUCUUCAAGAAUGCGCACCCUGACCGCUAUAUUGAGUGUUUCAUAGCUGAGCAGAACAUGGUCAGUGUUGCAAUGGGUUGUGCCACCAGGAACCGCACUGUGGCUUUUGCCAGCACCUUUGCUGCUUUCCUCAGCAGGGCAUACGAUCACAUUCGAAUGGGAGCCAUAUCUCAGUCCAACGUUAAUCUAUGUGGAUCGCACUGCGGUGUAUCUAUCGGUGAGGACGGACCAUCCCAGAUGGCUUUGGAGGAUAUUGCAAUGUUUCGUGCCAUUCCAACCUGCACAGUCUUCUAUCCCAGUGAUGGAGUCUCCACAGAACACGCAGUCCUGCUGGCUGCGAAUACACCGGGAAUCUGCUUCAUUCGAACCAGUCGUCCAGAUACUGCUAUAAUUUAUUCUCCUGAAGAGAAAUUUGAAAUCGGCCAGGCAAAGAUUGUCCGUCAGAGCGAUUCGGACCGAGUCACGGUUAUUGGGGCAGGUGUUACGCUACAUGAGGCUCUGGCAGCGGCUGAUGAACUCGCCAAACAAGGUAUAAACAUCCGUGUGGUCGAUCCUUUCACCAUUAAACCCUUGGAUGCUGCAACCAUUAUUUCAAGCGGAAGAGCAACUGGUGGUCACAUAAUUACCGUUGAAGAUCACUAUAGAGAAGGGGGCAUAGGAGAGGCUGUGUGUGCCGCGGUUGCCGGAGAGCCUGGAUUCAUUGUACAGAAUUUGGCUGUUCGUGGUGUACCUCGCAGUGGGAAACCUACAGAACUUCUAGACAUGUUCGGCAUCAGUGCUAAAAGUAUCGUCGAAGCUGUCAAGUCUACAUUCUCAAAUUAACUCUUUGCCAGAGGUUGCGUUGGCUAUAUGUCAAAAAUGGCACUUCCCCAGUCUGAUUUAAUACAUUGUUUCUGUGCUACCUCAGUGUAAACGGUUCCAGUUUCCAUGCUUGCUCCUGGAACUUGCAGCUCUUAUGUUUGUUGUGGCACUAGCUGGUCUCUAGAAUGCUGUCUGUCUCAAUGUCUGGUUUCUACACUUAUCACAAUAAAGAUGACUUAAUGGUUA